GACGAGUAAGAUGGCGGCGGAUUCAGUUAGGGACGAAAAAGUUACACAAACAAAAGUUAUUGUCGUUGGAGGUGGUUUGGUAAUUUGACUCUUUUAUUUGUAUUUUUGGGAAUAUUUUCUAGAUUUCUUAGAAUAUCUCUUGCAGUUUAUUGGCUUUUUCAGAAAUUGUAUGGACAUCAAUCGAAUCAAAUAUUUUUUAAAGAACUUACGUCUGAUCGAAUUAAGUUACGUAAUUAAGCGUGGAAAGGUCCCCGGUAAGUUUUGUCUUAAAUUUAAAGAGAGACUGGUAGAAGUUUGUUAAUAUUUGCAAAAUUGAAUCAAAUAGUUGUACUUUGCAUAAUGGGUCGAAAACUGGUCAUUGCGACAUGAGAUAGGAAAUUAUUCCAGAGCUUCAUUUGGUAUACAUAUUUAUUAACAUAAUUGACGGAAUUUAAACUUUAUGAGCCUAAGAGCACACUUUUGAUUUUUCAUUGCCUUACAAUAAUUAGGUGGGAUCAUUAUGCGCCAUUUUUCUCGCUAAACGAGGAUUUCACGUUGACCUGUAUGAAGCUCGCCAAGGUAACUAUAUACAGAAACAUCAUGCUGGGACAGCCUAAAAGUGGAGAAGGGGGGUGGGGGAGAGGAGUAAGGCUAGGGGAGUGGGGAGGGUUUGUGUCUAUCAGAUUCCUACAACCCAAGAGUUGGCCCCCAUAUUACCUAGGAGACCCUUUCCUCAAUAUCUGAGGCAACAAUUUUUUACCACUCCAAUCCAUUGAUGGAGGUCAACUGAUUUGUUUUAAAGUCAUUUUUAUCAGAAAUUUUACCCUGUCACUCCCAAUAGAAACCAAAAACAAUUUCCACUAAUGAUAUACUUUCAAGCAGAAAGGUAAAGAUGACAAAGGAAAAUAUUAUUAACCCUAACAUCAGUAUGCAUAUUCUCCAUACUGUUCUCUAUACAUUUGCUAAGGUGUGUUAAGAGGGACUCAUCUGACAAUCAAAUUAGCUUCUUUAAUUGGAUAUCAUUUUGUUUAUUCUUGUGACUUUUAUUUGGGAUUUUGUGGUGAUGUUUUAACCCUUUAAUUCCCAGAAGUGAUGAACAUGUAACUUCUCCCUAUGAUUUGCAAACAUUUUCCAGCAAAAAAAGGUAAUGACAAUACUCAAACUUAUCAAGGAAAAGUUGUUACCCUGAUCAAACACCAAAUUCUUGUAACUAAUUUACAGGAAAAUCAGUGGCAGCUAUAAGGGAGAAUUGAUAAUCAGAUCUUGGGAAUUUAAGGGUUAAGGAGAAAUGAGAUGCUGGUCACAAAUGGUUAACAGAGCUUGGGACCCUGAGUUGAAUAAAUAAUACAAAAACCACAUGGUGCAGUCCUCAUAAAUUUGAAUAUGGGUCUUUGAGUUGGUAUAAGAACUGAAUGGUGCCAUUCUCAUAGGAGUGUAUUGUGUUUUGUUCUCUGAUCAGAUCCUCGACUGGUGGAGUUUGUUGGUGGUCGUAGUACAAAUCUUGCUCUGUCCACAAGAGGGGCUGAGGCUUUAAGAGCAGUUGGGGCACUGGAGUCAGUAAGUUACUUACCCUUUAUACCCUAACGUCAGUAUGCAUAUUCUCGAUACUGCUCUUUAUAAAUCUCCUAAGGUGCUGAUGGGGAGAAUUUGCUUACCAGUCAAAAGCUUCUUUGGUUGGUGGGUUGGUGAUCAUUUCCUUUAUUCUUAUGACCUUAACAUAAGAUUCAGGUAUGAUAUUGUUGGGAGGAUGAUAUUUUUAGAGAAGUUUUCUUUGAUUGCUUUCCUUUAUUCUUAUGACAACAUAAGAUUCAGGGUUUAAAGAAGUUAAUGCUGGUUUACUUGUUUUUAAGGGUUAAAAAAAAAAAAAAAAGCUCAGCAAUCAAGGAUUUCUUUACUUUCAAACCAUGUAGGCAUGUAAUUUUAGGAGGAUCUGCAACUUCCAAAAUUUCACAUUUGCUGGGGAUGAUUCUCAUCUUAUGAGAAUAGAGCUAAGUCUUUGUUAAAGUGAGACACCCAUGUGGUAAACGAAAAUGCUUCUAAUUUCCAAGUCCAUUCCAUGACCAUCCAAGACAAUGUAGAAUGUCUACAAUUUUGAAUCUAGGAAGGUGCUGAGAAACAUUAGAAUUCUCAUUCAUUUUAAAUGUUCAGAUUUAUUUGCUAAAAAUAAAGAGCUGAGCUGAUAUUCAUGUUACAGUCUUCUUUAAUAUUUUUUUCAUUAUUCUUAGCAGGACAUAUCCAGGCAUGUUGUUGGGAUAAGUAGAAUGUAAUCUAAGAUGUUUAAAAAAUGUGAUAUAUUUUGAAGUCUUAAAGAUAUUAAAAUCAUUAACAGACCAUUCGACAAGUCCUAAUUGUACUAAAUAAUGCAAGAAUAAUCAAGUUUGGUUUUUAUAUAACAGAUUUCACCUCUGGGUGUGGACAUAUAUGGCCGAAAAAUUCAUCCCCAAUCAGGAGACAUAACAACUCUCUUCUUUGAACAUGGAGAACAUGUGAGGAGUUAAAUAAUUAUGAAGUUUAGCAAUUUAAAUAUGAUUUGUGAAAAAAAAGUAAAUCCUUUAUAAAGGCUUUACUAAAAGGCCAAAUUGGCCCUUGGGGCUGGCACUUAACUCCAGUUUCACUAGCACAAAGCGGCUAGGAGUAUUGCUACUUCCCCCUAGAUGGGAUGCAAAUCCAUUGCAGGGUUACCCCCAGCAUAUUUGCUGGUACCCAUUUGUACACCUGGGUGAAGAGAAGCACUGUGAGAGUAAAGUGUCUUGCCUAAGAACACAACACAAUGACCCCAGUCAGAGCUUGAACUGGGACCACUCGAUCCAGAGUUAACGCACUAACCAUGAGGCCAAUGUGCCUCCACUUAUGACUUGUGAGCAAGAGUUUAUUACUGAUCUUUUAAACUCAAUGCAUGCAUUUAUUUCACAUCAUCAUGCACUAGUUCGUAAUAGAUCACAGAUGAUGUCAAAAGGUGGUAUGAACAAAAGAGUGGCAUGCAAGAUCCAUUAGAAUGCAUCAUGAAGGUUCCAAGCAUAUUUUGACAUCUACUUUCAAGUGAUCUAUCCCUGUGAUCUAGUGCCAAGGUGACAGAGAUUAGUCUAUUUAAUUAUAUGAUAAAAAAGCCAAAUGUACAGUUGUUAAUGGUGACAUCGUGUAUGCUUUUGUCCCCUUGAAGAUCAUAAAUGAGAACCGAUCAAAAUGCCUGACUGUAUAAUUCAGCUUAUCAUAUAUUAAAGAGAGCGGUAUUGAGGUCCAUUAGAAACCACAAAACCAUAGAAAAAAAAACAUCCUAAACUGCAAAACUGCAAAAAAUGUGAACAAAACCAAUACCCACAUGCAAAACUGUCAAAACUGAUCAUUUUUCACAUCCCAGUAAUCAAAACCCUUUUUGACUCAAUGCAGUGGUGACAAGUGGAGCAUAUGGAGGUUUCGUGUCUAUUUGAGAUCAGUGGUGGCACAUAAUUGCUGCUCAGAUGGAAGUGAAACCAGGACCCAAAAAGGAAGAGAUGGAAACCACAUUGGAUACCAAAUCUGAAAACCAAUCAGUAUUUUAGACAAAAGCCAAAAACCAAAUACUAAAAAAUGCAAAAUUCGCAAACAGCAGUGAACACCAAAACUGAAAAACUGUAAAACCAAAAAAAUCAUCUGGUAUGAAAACCAAAAAAAAGAUCUAAAAUAGCCAAUAAAUUGACCAGAAUGAACUAAUUACCUUUCAAUAUCUGUGUGGUCUAUUACAUUAAAGCAGCUAUUUACCUCAGUGUUAUAGUGAAAGGGAUUGAUUUUUACCUCCACUUUAAUGAAUAAUUGGUAGUUAGUAUAUAUUAAAAGAGUGGAUGUGCUCUGAUUAGCUACUCAAAGUCCAGAGUCCUUUGCUGUUCACCUCUGAACAACUCACAAGAGAAUUGCAACCAUAGAUAUCGUAAUUGUUGCAGGAAUAAGUGAGUUAAAAUCUUCUUUUUGUGCUUUGCCACCUCACUGUUUUGGUAUACACUAAAACAUGUAUUCAUCUUGGUGUUGGCAGCUGGGGGUGGAUAUAGUGGUGCUUUUGAUCCACAGUAUAAUAAGAUGCAAUGUUUUUUUUCUCUUUCUGAAGCAUCCUAUGAUGGCGAUGGAAAGAAGGAAAGUUAAUGAAAAACUUCUUUCUGGUAUGGCUUUGAAGCGCAAUCAGUCAUGGUUUGAUUAUUUUUCUGUUCUUACACAGUUUUAAGAUAACACAAUUUUUGCCCCAAGAAGGCAGGAAUUUGAACAAACCAAUGUUCAGCAGUUGAAAUGCCUGUGGGUUGCCUGGGGUAGGGGGAGGAACGUUGAAGCUUGAAUUGAUCUGUUCAUUAUCUGGAGGUUGUCGUGGUUUUCAUAUAUAACAUGCUUCCAUCUGGAGUAUUGCUACUCACCCUGGACAGGAUUGAUGCUAUUCAUUACAGGCUACCCCCCUCUGAGGUAUUUUUUUCAGGCUUGUUUGACAGUUUGUUGGUAUCCAUUUAUACUCCAGUGAAAAGGCAAAGGCCAUUUCAUGUGAGAGAGAAGUAUAUUGCUCAAAAACACAAUGGGAUAAUGACCUUGCUAGUGUUCAAACCAGGGAACUUCUUGACCCUUGAACUAUCUGGUCACUGCAUCCUUGUUCUAUAAUGUUUAAUGAUGUUAAGUUUACUGGAUUUAUAUUUUCACAAUGGCAAUGAUAUAACUCUUUUUUGACUAGUUGCCGAGACCUUCCCUAAUGUGCACUUACAUUUUAAACACAAGUUGGUGUCUGCAAACUUGGAGGAGGGUCAUCUGGUACUUUCAUGGUAUGAUAAAAAGUUGGUCUUUUUUUUAGGCCUUUAUGAUGCAGUCAAUUAAUCAAAAUGUGCACAUUAUGUACUGGCCAAAACUAGUCCUUUUGUGUUAUUCUCACACAUGCAAAUUGAAUUCUCUACUUGUUCUGGCCAAUGUAAUUAAUUGGUUAAAUGCCUAGCAGAAAAAUGUGGGUUCUCCCCUCCUGAGCUGACUCAUUUUUGAAGAAAGGGUAACACGUAAAGGCCUCAAAUUAUUAUAAAAGAAGUAUUUUCAAUAGCCACACCUAGGCUAGUAUUUAAUGUAUUGAUACUUUUCAUAUCAGCCCAGAAGGUACAACUGUGGAGGUAGAUGCACAGCUCGUCAUCGGAGCUGAUGGAGCUCAUUCAACCCUAAGAAGCGAAAUGAUGAAGAAGCCAAGGUAGUUUGAGUGUGUGUAAGAGAAAUAUACUAUAAGUAUACUAUACUAUAUAUAAUAUGGGAGUCAAGUCCUCAUUCUUUAUUCUCCAUUUUAAAGCGAUGUGUAAUUCAGCUUACCCCUACUGCGAAAUCCCUAUUCCGUUACCCCCACUGCUAUUUAACCCUGGGCUUUCAUCUAAAUCCCUCAUUCCCUUACUUCUGCCCCUAAACUCAAAGCAGAUGUUUUGAGCAUUGGCCCUUUGUUAGAGUGGAUGACAAAGGGCCAAACUCUUUAUGGUGGCCAAUUUAUAUAUUUUAUAUAUUUAUCAAUUUAUAUCAUUUCACUUUAUAUGAAUUGUCCUAAAAAAUUGUCCUAAUUUCACGCUAGGUUUGACUUUAGCCAAGAAUACAUUUCACAUGGUUACAAAGAAUUCCAACUUCUGCCAAACAAGAAUGGAGAAUAUGCUAUUGUAGAAGAUUAUCUCCACGUUUGGCCACGAGAUGGGUUCAUGCUAAUUGCUAUUCCUAACAAGGUAGUAAUGCUGUUUUAAGUUUAUAUUGUCCCUUUUUUUAAAUUUUUCAUUAUCUGCUUUAAUUGCAAAAAUUUUAAUGGAUUAUGUGCUAUUUAACGAGAUUUGAUCCAUAGUGGCCAAUUUAAGACAAGAAAUAGUUUGUUAGUUGUUGCCUGACACUUUACCGAGAGUUUCAAAUCAGUUUUAAUAAAAUAACGUUAUUAACCCAAUGCCUUGAUAUCUUUGAUCAUUUAUUUGGUGCUACGAUUGCAUGAACCAGAUCAGUCUAAAAGUUUUGUAAAUAUUCCACUAAUACAGCAGAUUUCUCUUUAGAAAAUUUUUUGCCUAUUAAUACUUAUGCAUCCCAAGUGACUUGUCAAGGAUAAAAUCUGUCAUAAUUUCAUCAGUUAUUAUUCUUAAAUAAUCUUAGAUUGUGACUUUUUAUCAUCUAAGUAACAUCAUUUCCCUUUUUGAUGGGUCAACUUAUUGUUAUUGUUGUUUUUUGAUGCAGGAUCCAUCUUUUACUUGUACUCUUUUUAUGCCAUUUGAGCAUUUUGACUCUUUGAAGACAAAGGUGAAACCCCAUUGCUAUCAUGUCAGCCUGACAUUACAUUAAAUUACACCAGACAACAUCAGAUGAAAUCACAUCCUUCCAUGCCACAUCUUAUCACACUAUGUAAGGAGGAGGCACCAUGCCACAUCAUAUCACUACAGACUUCAUCAUAUUACACCAUGCCCCAGAACAUGACACCAAACCUCCUCACAUCACAUCACAUGUACAACACAACAUCACAUCUUACCACACCUUAUAAAAUCUCACCACACCACAUCUUAUGACAUCAUGCCACACCACACCACAUAACAUCUUACCACAUCACAUCACAUGAAAUCACAUCAUACCAUGCAACAUCUGAUGACCUCACAUCACACGUACCUCACCACAUAACAUCUCACCAUGUCACGUCACUUGCCAUCAUUCCACUCUACACCAAAUCACAUCACAUCACGUCUGAUGAAGAUUUCAUCACAUCACUUGUCAUCACACCAUAUCUCAUAAUAAGUAAGAUUUGCAAACCUGUGUUAAGCAUUAACUUUACUGAGUCACAGAAAUUACUUAUGUGGAUGGGUUGCUAGUACCAGCUUAGUUUCAUGCAUUUAGAUGACAGAAGACUGAUUUUACUUCAAUUUUUUUCUAUUUGCAUAGGAGGAUGUUCUGAGUUUCUUCAAUUCUGUUUUUCCUGACUUUGUACAACUGAUGGGAGAGUAAGUUAAUGUCAGACUCAAACAUUUGUUUGGUGCAUCUUUUGACUGCUUUUUUUAACCUUGUAUGUUUGGUAUUUCUGUUAAAUUGUUAGGGAAAGAAUUUUGGAAGAUUUCUUUAAAAAUCCUGUGUGGCAUACGGUUUCAAUAAAGGUAAAUAGCUGCUGACGGCAUUAACAUUGUCCGACGUAACUUACGUCAUGAAAUUUUUUUGUCCCAAGAGAAGCAUAAAAGCUUCAAAUGAAGGAGGGGGGCUGCAAUCAAAUUGGUGUGGAGGGGGGGGUGUAGAGUAGUUUAGACUGGGUUGUCAAACUUCAGCCUUGUUUAAGAAGAAAAUGAUAGAUUUUAAAUAAAUGUAAGUGGUACAUAUUAUGUAGACCUUACAACUUGAAGUAUUGUUGAAGCUGCUGUUGAAAGUCUCUUGUCCAGACAGACACCACAUUCAAGAUGCGGAAUAGUGAAACACCUUGCUGUGCUGAACAUAUUUAUAUGUUUCCUCGACUUGAUAUACAGGUUUAAUCUUAGGAUUCUGAACAAGCAAUGAGGGAUUCACAAGAUUCAUUUUACACUUUAGUACUCAUUUCAAAAGAAAUGAAAUUUUAUUGAAAAUUCACCAAGCCACAAAUGGAAGGUCUCUCAAAAAGUCUUUGACACAUCUCAAUAGAAAAAAAAAUGUUUGGUGGAUUUGUGUUUUCAAAACGGAACAUAGCGGCAGUCCUUUCUUGUUUUAGCUCAAAGUUUGCACAGCCGUACUUUUUCUUUCUGGCCCUGCCCAUAUCUUUGGUUAAGGUCCUCUCACGGGAAUUUUUUUGUAAGAGAUGAAAGUGCAAAUGGGACUGUACAAGUCACGUAUUAACUUUAUUUUCCUUCUCUCGUUUGAACCAUGCUAUAUUCUGCUUUUAUCCACAGUGUAAACCUUACCACUUCUCAGAUAAGGUGCUCAUUAUUGGUGAUGCAGCUCAUGCCAUGGUGCCAUUCUUUGGACAAGGAAUGAACUCUGUCAGUAGCUCCAUGAGUUUUCUUAUAUUUGUAAUAAUGUACGAUCGGUACCGAACUUUUGGGCACUUCCAAAUGUGAUGCUAGUCACCAAGAACACUUAAAUUAUUUUGCUUGCAUUGUGUUCGUCUUUCGCACACGCCCCAAAGGUAGAAUUUUGCAAACUAGAAAUUAAAACAUAACAAAAUAGAAUUAUAGUAAGUCCCUUAUUCGAUGUUUUAUUUUGUUUUUUGGUUCAUUUCUUGUAGAUUAGUCCACAACUCGCAAAAUAUCCAUGCAUAUCAUAUGUGGAACAAUUGAACAAGGUGUAUACACUCGAUUGCAAAAGCGUUGACACUUUAACAAAGCGUUCACAAUGAGCGAUGAGACUCUAGGGCUCUCUGGGUACAAAUAUACAUAAUAACCACCAUAGAGAAGAUUUUUCACGAAUAGUGAGAAAAGUGAAUCUCGGAUUAUGUAUCUGCGCGAACAUUUUCCAUAAAGCCAUUGAGUCUCAUCGUUCAUGGAUCAUUCUUUUUAGGUGUCAUUGUUUUCGCAGUUGAGGUAAUAGUUACUCCAUUGCUAAGGAACAUAUAUUAUAUAAUUCUUCCUUGAUCUUUCUUUUACCCUAAUUUCUUUUUAGGGGUUUGAAGAUUGCUUCAUUUUAGACAGACUGUUGGACAAGCACGGCAAUAACUUUGGUAAACAUCACCUUAGUGUUGUUAAAGAUUGGAAUCUUUGAUUCUUUUAGUGGUUUUGCUGUUGAUUGACCAUCAAUAAUUUCAUUACAUCCAUUUUGAAAUCACCGGUGAUCUAUGCAAUCUGAUUGGCUCUCAGCAGUGCCAUGUACUCACAAAUCAUAGUAUUUUUCGCCCUGAAUCCCAUCUUCUUUUCGGCCCAUGAAAAAGCUUUACUUAAGCGUAACAACCUAUUAGAUUUCAAGGCUUGUUUAACGUAACUAAUCAAAUUGCUGGAAAUUGAAAGACAAGUUUUGGAACAAUGAAAGCUAAGUUUUUCGUUUGUCUCACGAUGUAGUCGCGUGUGAUGUAGAUCGCGACGUUUCGACUGCAUACUGCUGGUCUUCUUCAGGCGAUGAGGUCGACUGUUUCGAUCCUUGCUGUUCACUCGGUGAUUUAUAUUAUGCACCAAUCAGAGCUGUUGAAAAACAACUAGUCACAGCAGAGCUUUAUAAGAUCACGCAUGACCAGUCGACCUCAUCGCCUGAAGAAGACAGCAGUAUGCAGUCGAAACGUCGCGAUCUACAUCACACGUGACUACAUCGUGAGAUAAACGAAAAACUUAGCUUUUAUUGUUAUUCACCACGAUGAAUAACCACAACCUUUUCUAAGUUUUGGAACUUUUUACAAACCAGCAUUAGUAUUGGAUCAUUCAAGUAAAUAUAUGUACAGACUAGAAAAUCCUGUAUCUGAGCGACUGAGUUUUGCAAUUUCAAAAUAGAUGUAAUAAAUUGGUAACUGAGCUUCUUGUCGCGCAAUUCUGGUCUGAGAUCAUACCUGAGACUUCGGAUCAAACUCGCACUGCGUGCUUGCUCCAUUUUGAAAUCACACUUAUGAUCUCAGACCAAAUUGUACUUCACUCAGUUCAGUUACUGUUGUAAAUUAUUGCAUAUUCGACAGGAGCUGUUUUGGAGGAAUAUUCUAAAGUUAGAAACAAAGAUGCAGAGGCUAUUUGUGACAUGUCUAUGGAUAAUUAUUUAGAGGUACAUUAUACUAAUUGUGGGGUAAAACCCAUCAUUACUAUUACUGACAACAGACGAACGCUUACAAGAAUUGAUUAAAAAUUAUCUCUUUUCGUAUUCUUUGACGCUUAAAUAAAUGUUUAUCCAUAGAAAUAACUGUUCUUUCAUAACCCUUCCUUUAUGAUUUUCAGACUUUCUUGAUUUUAUUUUGUUACUGUCAACUGAAAAUUGACAUGGGGAUGUUUAUCCCCACCUUUGAUGAGGACACUUGUGGGGGUGAUACACUGCGUUAUGCGUGGAGUACAUGUAUGCAAACCAGACAGUUCAUGAAUUUGGAUCAAAGCUCUGAUGGGAGACUUAUUUAGUUUCACAGUGCUUUUUAAAACUAUUUCUUUACUUGGACAAUUGUGCGAUGCCGCCCGUCACCCGUAGUUUGUAGUUUACUUUCUUAAAUAAAAUUUACUAUGUUUUAUAAUUCUGUUUUUCUUUUCUUUUUUUUUAUCUCGUGGGCAAUACCUCGCGUGAGUCCUUGUUUCCUGUUCGCACCAGCCCUUUUGGGUCCACAGCCUUUUUUUCUACUUUGCUCUCUCAAUAAUUGUUCUUUCUGUAUCUUGUAUUUUCGAUUCAUAUCUAAAAAAAUAAUGAGGAUACCAGCCAUUGAUUAGCGACUAUUCUUGGAGAAGCAGUUAUACCCCAAGCUGUUGCAUGCUACUGCAACUGGCAUGAGAUAGUCUAGAGUGACCAACCAGGGUCAAGAUUUAACCCAGUGUUGCAUUUUUUUUUCAUAUUUCCAGUUGAGAUCAUUGGUCAAUUCGUUUUGGUUCCUUCUGGAGAGAAAAGUGAUGUAUGCCUUAAACCGGUUGAUGCCCAAAACUUUCAUUCCGCUUCAUACUAUGGUAAGACUGACAAUUUUAGGGAGAUUUUUGAAGGCAGGAAAGCCAUUACAAUACGCACAAGACUAAGAUUGGUGAAGUAUUGUUACCCAAUGUUGCAGGGUCAAAAGUGAAACCCACAAAUGCCCUUAAUCACCUUUUAAAUAUGCUGAACCAUUGCUGGCAACGCCUCCAUUUGGCCAAUAUCAGUCUCUUUUUUUACUAAGGUUGGACCAAUACUUGUAAGUGAUCAAUGUUAUCACUCCCACUUUUCCACACAUAUUAGUCAUCCAUUUCGCUAAUAUUGGAACUGUGAUGGAGUUUACCACUUCGUCUUUUUAAUCAAGCUGAAACGAAGCCUAGUUUUUUGUAACACUGAUAUCGCAUGGGAAUGACUGGACACUCAGGAAAACCGCUCACAACAUAAAUAUCUCUCAAUUCUGUCACCGAUUUCGCCAAUAUUGGAGCAAUGUUAUUAGCCACCCCUAUAGCAAACACCAAUAAAAACAGAUCUUUCCUCAUAGGUAACGUACACACACAUACCUUAUCACGAAGUGGUUAAAAGAAAUCAGUGGCAAGAAAAGGUGAGCGUCUUUGUCCAAGUCUAAUUCAUAAGAAAGUUAUAUAAUUAUGCCGGAAAGGACACUACAGAGGAAAAAAAAAGGUAGUGUGGUUUCAUUCUUGCAAUAAGUUGAGAAUUUUGGAUGAAGUGUGGCAGAGGGUUUUAAACAUGGGUUCUGUUUUGUAGCUGAGAUUUCGCAGAUAAAAGAAUGCAAACAUUAUGAAACCACUUUGGUCUGCCAUGACGAAGACUCAAAUCAAACCUUCCUCUAAUUUUUUUUUUUUUUUCAAAAAAUAUUGAUUAAAUUUUUUCCUUGAGAGCAACAAAGUGUCCUACAAAGGAAAGAUACAAUGUACCAAAAACUGUGUUUGAGAGCAUAGAAAUUUGUUAAUACCCCUUUGGCAUAUUUUUAAAGGUCUUGUAAGAAUAGCCUGAAAGGAAACUUUUGAAUAAGUUUUGAUUGAGGCAAAAACAUUGCAGCGGGUUUGUAACACAAUGUGAAUGUUGUCACGUUUUUUUUUUUCAGAUGGUGCGCCUUCUUCUUAUGACUGGCUCAAUAACAGGGUUAGCUGGACUUAUGGUGAUUUUAAAGACUUGGAGAUUUCGAAUAAGCUGAAAAGAAAAGAAAGCAGUACAGUGCAUCCGUUGAAACCGGGGCAGCCCGGACAAAAUAACGUUUUAAGAACCUUCUGUGACCCGUGACAGAACUUGUGGAGGCUUUUAUGCAUUGUGGCUUUUCUUUGUGCAAGUGUCUAGGGCAAAUGAAACACUCUUAUUUUAACACGAAGAGUAGAGAUCCACAACCCAUAUCUUUAUGAAUUGAGUAUUUUUUUUUUUUUUUCUUGUAAGUUCUUGUAGUCUACGUGAUGUCUUGGGAUGCGAGACACACGUAACCCUUUACAACCCAACAUCAUGCAUGCAUAUUCUCUACAGCGUUCUUUAUGCAUUUCCUAAGGUGCUGACAAAGAGAAUUUUUUAACAAUCAAUAGCUUCUUUGGCUUGUUUUCAUUUCCUUUAUUGUUGUGACGUUGAUGUGUGAUUCAGGGGUGAUAUUAUUAGAAGAAAUUAGUAUAGUAAAAAUUUUAUAUAUAUUUAAUAGGGACUGUCAAUUGAUGACAAGUUAGGGUUAAUGUUGAGCUAGGGGAGGGGUAGGUGGGCAGUUGCCCAGAUACUGAUAUUAAUCCUUUAAUAGAGUCGAGGAGAAUUUUCAGGACUCGUCGAGAUUUAGAUAUAAAGAGGUUUUAAAUUCAAAGUAUGAAACGUGGAG